AUGGCGUCGGAGGAACCCAAAACAGCUCCUUCAGAAGAAGCUCCUGUUUCCGACAGCAAGCCCGCUGAAAACAACGAGAAUGGUGGAAAGAAGAACAAUGGAAAGAAAGGACAACGCGACGAGCGCCCCAUCGAAGAGCUGUAUGAUCUUUCCAAACCAAUUCCUGGGGUUGACAGACCUGACAAGGCCAAGUUCGACAAGGAAUUUGCUGAAAUCGAUGCCAGAUUCGAACUGAAGAGAAACGAGAAGCGCAAAGUCCAACAAAAGAUCGAUGCUUCUCGCAACAACGGCAAGGGCAGUGAGAUUGGCAAACACCGUGAAGCCCUGAAGACUCUGCGUAACAAGAAGCAAAUUCUUAUCAACGAAAAGAAGGUCAUCCGCUCCGAAUUGGACAGCCUUAAGGCUGCUGGAGACAAGCUUUCCCAAGAACGUAAGGAUACCCGUUCCGCUGUCAAGUUUGGCACUGUUGAAGAAAUUGACAAAGAAAUCAAAAAUUUGUCAAGGCGCCAGGAGACUACUUCCAUGAGUCUGGGCGAAGAAAAGAAAUUGAUCAAGGAAUUGGAUGCCCUCAAGGCCAGCAAGGAUAAGAUCAAGUCUUUGAAGGACAAAGAACUUGACUUUGAAGGCGUCAAGCUGAAGCGCAAUGCCAUCAACACCAACAUCAAGGCCAAGGAUAAGGAAAUCGAUGCUGUCGCCAAAGAGAUGGAUGUUGUCGGCUCGAAGAUUAAGGAAUUGUCUGAGAAGCAUACCGACAAAAAGGGUGAAGUGGAUACGCUAUUCAAGGACCGAGAACGCUUGAACAAGGAGAUCAAGGACAUCCUCAGUGAGAAGGAUGCCCUUCGCGAUGCCUUCCGUGAAAAGAGCAACAAUUGGUAUAACUUCCAACGCGCAGUCAAGGCUCGCAAAAAGAUUGAAUACGAUGAAGAAAAGAAACAGCGCGACGAAGAGCACAAAGCCUACUUGAAAAAGAUGGAAGAGGAAGAACUCAAGAAGGUUCCUUACGAAGAAGAACAAGGUUUGUGCGAAUACCUCGCCGAUUACUUGGAGCGCACUUACUUGGGCGGAACUUCCACCAAGGACGAAGAAGCCAAGAAGGAGGACGUCAUUGCCGUCAAGGACGAUCCAUUCGCCGGUUUCAAGCCCGUUAGCAAGAAGGAUGAGGAGGAGGAAUUCAUGUCCAAGGGCAAGGGAAAGAAGAAGCGUCAACGUCAACAAAAGAAGGAUGUUGCUGCUCCUUUCACCCUCAACCUCGAUUCCUUUGAGCAAUUCGGUUUGAUUGGUAUGUCCCCACCCACCAAACUUGGUGAAGUCGAAGGCUCAGUCAAGGCACUUCGCGAAAAGAAGGAAUGGUUCAAGAACCAACCACGGGGAUCAGUUCCAACUGCCAAGGAUAUUCGCAAGCAAAACGAAAAGGCUGCUUCAAAGCUGCGGCAAAGCUCUGGCCCUUCCAAGGGAGCUGCACCCAAGGGUAAAUUCAACUUGUCCAGUGAAGACUUUGCUCCUCUCGGCAAGGGAUCCAGCACCGCUGCAGAAGACAAGUCAUCUUGGGGCCAAAAGCCUGCUGCUGAGGAAUCAUCCUAG